AUCCGCGUUGCGAAGUCGUCGACCACUGCCUCUUCUUCUUCGCAACCUGCCUCUAUCAAGUCUGUCGAGCUCUCCAGCAGGGGUGCCUCGCCGAGACUAAACCCUCAAAACGGCCUUGGCCACGUCCCUGCAGCGGAUCAACUACCAAGAUCAGCAGCCGGCGAGAAGCCUACCGUGAAAGAUCGCCUCACGCGCAUGUUUUCCACAAAGGACGCUGCUCCAGCAGGUGCUGCCGCCGCCACCUCAGCCACUGGUUCCUCGACGCCACCCCAGAAGCCCAACGCCCCGUCGCGCCAGUCCUCCGUCACCGAGAAGCUGGACGUACCGAAGCCUGUCGAGAAGACGGCGCAGCCAAAAGCCGCCAGGUCUACAAACGGCCAUGUCUCAACACGCUUUGUUGUGAAUCCUGACGUCCAGGGCGGCCACGAGCAUCACCUCAAGUCAAGCCGCCGUCAGGAGAAGCUGACGGAUAUGUUCAAGGGUCUACUGGGGAGGAAGACCGAGCACGCCCCGGAGAACGACCUGUCGCUCGUGUCAAGCUGGGUAGACACGCUCAAGCAGGAGAAGGCGUCGCUGAACGCAUCGGCGGAGAAGAGGGGCGGGCCCAACCAGACGGCCACCCUCGUGGAAAAGUACGGGAAAUGCCAGGAGGUGAUUGGACGUGGUGCCUUUGGCAUCGUGAGGAUAUCACACAAGAAGAUUGAAGGGCAGCCGGGCGAGAAGUUGUACGCCGUCAAGGAAUUUCGGCGCAGGCCAGAGGAGACGGAGAAGAAGUACAGCAAACGUCUGACGGCCGAGUUUUGCAUCUCAUCAUCGCUACGACACCCUAACGUUAUACACACACUAGACCUUCUCAAGGACGCAAAGGGAGACUACUGCGAGGUCAUGGAGUUUUGUCCCGGCGGCGACCUCUACACGCUGGUCCUGGCAGCAUCCAAGCUGGAGGUGCAGGAGGCAGACUGCUACUUCAAGCAAAUGAUGCGUGGCGUCGAGUAUAUGCACGAAAUGGGCGUCGCACACCGUGAUCUGAAACCAGAAAAUCUACUCCUCACCACGAAUGGUGGUCUGAAAAUCACCGAUUUUGGGAAUGGCGAGUGCUUCCGCAUGGCCUGGGAGAACGAUGCACAUAUGGUGUCCGGGCUCUGCGGGUCUGCGCCGUACAUUGCACCAGAGGAGUAUGUUGACAGGGAGUUUGACGCGAGGGCGGUGGAUGUCUGGGCUUGCGGCGUCAUAUAUAUGGCAAUGAGAACGGGCAGGCAUCUGUGGCGGGUCGCAAAGAAGGAGGAGGACGAGUUCUAUGCCCGCUAUCUGGAGGGACGGCGAGAUGAGGAGGGAUAUGGACCGAUAGAGUCCCUGCACAGGGCACGAUGUAGGAACGUCAUCUACUCGAUCCUAGACCCCAACCCAACACGCCGGAUCACGGCAUCACAAGUCCUCAAGUCAGAAUGGGGCCGCGAAAUAAAACUCUGCAAAGCCGGUGAGGAGGGUCUCUAACCUAUGUCCCGUCGUUUCCACCGGCUCACACCGGUGAGGGAUGGCGGUAGCUUUCACGUUUCGGUGAGAACAGACCGCGGCCUCAACAAGCACGUGUCAAAACCUACAGACACACCUGCGCGACAAGGCCGCCACCAAGGCUUUCUUCAUCCUCAGUAGGAAGCCGUCUCUACACACAAAAAGAAACGAGCGAAAAAAAUCCAAAAACCACAAAAUAUAUAUUAUGACAUGUUCACGAUC